GGGUGCGCGCUGAGGUGGGCGGGGCUGAGGGUGUGAGAGGGUCCUGGGGAGGGUGAGUGGGGGGAGUGGGGGGCGGUUCUUGUUUGUCGGGGGUCGUUCGGUGUGGUGGUGGGUUGGGGGAGGCCUUGGGCGCGGGUGGGGUUACGUCAUGGGCAGCAGUUAUGGAGGGGUCGGCCGCUGAGGUGGGCCUCUGUGUGAGCUGCGCUGGAGGAAAGGCUUUGGGAGGGGGGGUGAAGCCAAGGAACCCCCUGCGGGGGCAGCUGAAGAAGAGCCUCAUAUCCACGGCAUGCAGAGAGCAUCGCGGCUCAGCAGGGAGCUCACAAUGCUGAGCACGGAGCCGCCGCCCGGCAUCAGCUGCUGGCAGAGCGGAGCGCGGCUGGAUGAGCUGCGGGCACAAAUUAUCGGAGCUGCAGAUACACCCUAUGAGAAAGGGAUAUUCGACCUGGAGAUAGUGGUUCCUGAAAGCCUCCCCAUGAAGAACGCUGUUAUCUGUAGGUACCCAUUUGAGCCCCCGAAGAUUCGAUUUCUGACCCCUAUUUAUCAUCCUAACAUCGACUCUGCUGGAAGGAUUUGUCUGGAUGUUCUUAAGUUACCACCAAAGGGCGCGUGGAGGCCCUCCUUGAACAUCUCCACACUGCUGACCUCCAUACAGCUGCUGAUGGUGGAGCCCAACCCCGAUGACCCCCUCAUGGCAGACAUAUCCUCAGAGUACAAGUACAACAAGCAACUGUUCUUGAUAAAUGCCAAAGAGUGGACUGAGAAAUACGCAAGCCAACAGAAGAGGGCUUUGGAGGAGAAAACAAACCAGAAUGAAACAAAAACCACCAAUGGAUCUGUCACACAAAAAAGAAAAGGGAGCACCAUCGGCAAGGAGGAGAAGAAAUCUCGCCUGGACCCCUAAGUGACUUUUGUUCCUGAUGUGGCUGUCAGCUCUGCUCUGUGUCCUUUUUUCUUUACAUGGUAAAUAUCUUAAUAUGUAAUAGUAGCAGGCUUUAUUAUUUCUGUUUCCUAGGAGUUGGUUUGUUUGUUUGUUGAGAAGUUAUAUAAAUAAAAUAUAAAGCUUUAAUUUA